AUGUCAAUAUUGACAUCCUCGUGGAAGCGCUUCUUCUCAGUGCUUGGCAUGCCUUCUGUGCCGGAUCGGACCUUUGGGAAAUCGGGAGUCUCUUGGUGCGACAACUCCGCCCGUGACCUCGUCGUGAAAGGCCGUGGCUAUGGCUUUGCCGCGACCAUGCAUCCGUCCGGUCUGCCACCUGCAACUUUCUGCCACGAACUCCAUUUUCUCGGCAUGUCUCGACUGCUUUCUACCGCCUUUCCGAUUUGUCGUCAAUUCUGUUUGGGCCUUGCAAUCAGCUGUGUUUGCAACAAGAUUUCGACGCUGCCUGAGUUGUAA